AAAAUGAUCUGAUUCUAACCGGUUUGUCGUCAUCAUAGAAAGGAGAUUGAAGAAGUUGAAAAAUUUCACGGGAUUUUGUUUUCUAUUUCAAGAUGUGAUUAAUCUUCUUCCCAAUAAUAAUUCCUCUAAUUUUGGAGCAAUUCUCUCUCUUGAUUUGGGUAUUGUCCGCGAAUUUGGUAACUUCCUCCAAUUGGUUCAAGGUUCAGCAGCCUUUCCUGUUUAUAGUUUAGCCUAACAUCACAAUGCUUGGACGACAAGGCGAUUACGAAACUAGAAUUCUCAAGAAAGCGUGUUUAGAUUCCUUAAUUUUCCUUUUAUUCAAUUACAAUUUCAAUUUGGUUCUUUACUGCUUCAACAAGACUAUACGAAAGCGUGCUCGCACUGUGGCUGGACGGCUCAAGGGUUUUUGAAGGUACUCUCUCUUCCGCGGAUUUUGGAAUCCCUGAUUUUGUGCUCCUGUCUCUGUUCUAUUGCGCAGUAGAGAUUGUUAAUGGAUGAAACUGGAUUGGGAUUUGACGACAGUUGUCUGAUGAUUUAAUGUCUUUCAUGUUUUGAAUCUUUAUAUGAUUUCGUUUGUUAAUUUUGACAAACCAAGUUAAGUUGAAGUGGGCGUGGGAAUGUUUAAGCGUAGUUCUUAUUUAUUAUCUCGUGCGAGAUCAGGUUUUGGCGGUCGGUUUCCAGCCAUCGUUGCGGAAUUGCGUCUGUCAAGUUUCAUUAAGGAAGUGGUUCAGUUUAAGUCUAUGGAAACCACUGCAAGAGCUGCCAUGACUAAAGAAAAAACUGCAGUUCCAAGUGAGGUUGCAAGUGGAAACUUUUCAAAUGAGUUCUCAAUUAUAUUUGUUUUAGGUGGUCCAGGCAGUGGAAAGGGCACACAAUGCAACCUGCUGGUUAGGCACUUUGGGUUUACUCAUCUUAGUGCCGGGGAUCUUCUUCAAGCUGAAAUAGAGUCUGGAUCUGAAAACGGAACCAUGAUCCUGGAGUUCAAGAAGGAAGGGAAGAUUGUCCCAUCUGAGGUAACUGUUAAGCUUUUGGAGCAGGCAAUGCAGAGGAGCAAAAACAAGAAAUUUCUCAUCGACGGCUUUCCACGUAAUGAAGAAAAUCGCAUUGCAUUUGAGAACACUAUGAGAACUGAGCCAGAUUGUGUGUUAUUCUUUGACUGUUCAGAAGAAGAGUUGAUUAGACGUGUACUGAAUAGAAAGCAGGGAAGAGUUGAUGAUAAUAUUGAAACCAUAAGAAAACGACUUAGAGUUUAUUUUGAAUCAACUCUGCCAGUAAUCAAUUACUACAGCUCAAAGGAAAAGGUGCAGAAGAUUGAUGCUGAGCGACCCAUCGAAGAUGUAUUUGAGUCUGUCAAAGAGUGUGUUCUCCAAGUUCUAAACCAGGAGUUGGUAGAGUGAGUCUCCCUCAUCCAUUUCCAAAUGAAACAUGCCCAGUUAUAUUUCACAUCUUGGACACCCCCAAGUUGGCGUCCGGAUGUCAGGAGGCCAAACGAAAGCACUGCAUCUACUUCUAACUUAACGCUGCAUAUGCUCUCAGUUUGUAAUCACUGAAUAGAAGCGUGGAAUCAUUAAUUAUUAGAUUCAGCUUGUUGAUUAUUUUAGUGGUGACAGAAGUUAAGACUAUAUUUUAUGAAAACAUUUACCCUAUGUUUGCAGAGACCUUGAAUUUAGAGUUGUAUUGGAUUCGAUGAGAUAUAAUAUAAAAUUUUAUUAAAAUUUGUCUAAA